ACAGAAUCAGCAUUAGUGCCGCAUCGGAGGUGAAAGGGAGAGGUUGUCUUGCUGAAUUCGCUCGCAUCAUGAGGCAACCGAUCGGUCCCACGCUCUUUCUUACCGUCUUAUCUCUUGCAACAGCGACUGACCUUGCUGCAGUAUACCAGUACAGUCUCCUUCACAUUCGGGAUGCUGACAAGGUCGUUCCUACCUCACCAAUUCCAUGGGAAAAUGUGACGCUGCAGCUUCCCCAAGAUCUCUGCUACCCUGUGGGAGUAGCUCAUGACCCUAAGAACAACAGGCUUUUCGUGUCAGAUGCCAUCCAGUGCCACGCGCAUAUUGUAUCAGUUUCCCUUGAUGAGGAACAUGAAAUACAUUCAGUUGUUGAAGGAGACGGUGUCGUUGUGGUUGAAGGAUUAUCAUACGACGCAAGAAGAGAUCAACUCUACUGGACAGAUACCACUGCUCAUAACAUCUACAAGACCUAUGUCCCAGAGGAUCUUGAUGACGACUUACCACCAGAGCCUAAACCAGUUCAUGAUUUUGGGAGCAUAGUCAAGCCACGAGGAAUUGCAGUGGAUUACUGCAAUGAAAUAAUGUAUUGGGCUGAGCGUGGAGAGUCCGGAGAAGUGCCAAGUAGUAUAAAGAUGUGUGAUCUUGAAGGUACAAAGCACACCAUUGUUCACCAAGCAAAAGAAGGUCAAGAUGUGUUCUAUCAGGACCUGACGUAUGAUGCUGAAAGUGGGCGGAUCAUCUGGGCAGAAACAACGACAGACUCACAUGAAAACAGCAGCUGCAAAAUUAUCAGUUCUGGAGAGUCAGGGGAAAGAGUUCUGGUCAGCAGGGAACACUGCUAUCCCUUUUCCUUAACCACAGAUGGCAGCUAUGUUUACUGGUCUGACUUUAGCCAAAAUGGCAUCAUGAGGGUUAGCUUGAGUGACCCAGAAGAUGUGGUUAGGCUGGUUCAUACUCCUGAAUUUGAAGGUAACCAUGGGACGUAUUAUGGCGCAUAUGGUAUUGUUGCUUUGAAUGGGCCUGGUGGAGACUCCAUCGAGGAUUUUUGCAAGGAAAGAAUGAAACCCAAGUUACAGAAGGAAGAACCAAGUGAUCUAAAGGAAGACACAAAGCCUGCAGUUGCAGCUGUAAUGGAUGAGGCCUUGGUUGAUGAAACUGAUCAAGCAACUACCAAAGUGGCUUAUCAUGUAGAAGUACAAGGAGGCGAAACUACAGUGCUACCUGAUGUAGAAAUACUUAAUGCAGAUGAAGAAAAACAUUUUGAAGAGUCACAGCAUCUCACACAAAUUUCACAUGCAGACCCAAGUGAUGAUGCUAAAACAGAACCUGAAAUUACAGAAAACGAAUAUAUUAAUUCUAAUUCUCCACUUGUACUGAAAACAGAAGACUCUACAGUUUAUUCUCAAAGUUCUGAACAAAAAUCACCGACUGAUUAUUUGAGAGCUCAAGUGUACAGUGAAAAACAACUUUACAUCAUUGUGAUUGUAAUAUUGGCAGUGUGUUGUACAUUAUUUUUCUGCACAACGCUAGGCCUGAGUGUGAAGAUACUGUUUCUCAGGAGAACAGAUUUGCCAAAAGGAGAAUUGCCAACUACAGUUCCAACUAAAGGAACCCCGGCAAAGAAACCUCGUCAGCCAAAGAGGUUUGGCCCUCCCAAAAAGGCCGGCUUCACAGCAGUCUCAACUUGCUCAAGACAGGCCGAUGAUGGUGUUCACAUCAACAUUGAAGACUGUUGUCAAAUGACACUGUGCGAAACGCCUUGUUAUACAACUGUCAAGAAAGAAGGAAAAGGGUAUAAAGCUGGUAAAGAAGACAAGAAAAGUUUGCUUGAAAAUUACAACUUCUGAUAAUUUUGACUUAGAGUUUAGGCGUUAGAAGCCAGUGGGUAAGAACACCUUACGUAAGCGCCUUGCCAAUUAAAUAAGAUGACUGCGGGCUACCAAACAUGAAACACGACAAGAGUGAGUAUUGGUAUUCUUACACAUGAAGUCCAUAUUAACAGCUCAUUCCUCCAUUUAGGUCCAGUUGUAUCAAUGGAAAUGUUUCCGAACAGUGUAAUAUGAUGGAAGUUUGGUAAUGUUGUAGAAGGUAAUUGAAUCUGAAAGCUGAAAUCCACAUUCUUUAAAGUUAUUCAUUUUUGGUCUUAUAAGUAUUAUUUCUUUCUCAUGGACACAUGAAAAAACAGACUGUUGCCUUUACCAUUAUAUGAAACUGUCUGCAAAUUAAUGACUUGUUAAAGGGAAGUGUUCAACCCGUCCCAAAUUGCUUGUCAUUACUGCCAUUGUCCAGAGAAUUUUAUAAUCAUCAAGCUGUAAAUUGGACUCACUCUUGAGAUGUAUUAUAUACUUACUCUGUAAAUAUAAUGUUACAAGUGGUCUAAGACUUAUUGUAUAUUAUGAAGAGGGUCUAUCAUAUCAGAUAGGCAUCAUCACAUUCACAUAUGCACAUGCACAUGCACAAGCACAUGUACUGGUGUAUGUCAUGCACGCACACACCAGCAGACACAGAUCCAUAAACAUGCACACACACAGACACACAAAGACAAACACACAGACACACGUCAACAUGUCUGAUUUCCCAGUCUGUUAAAGUCAAUAUCAUAAUGGCUGUGAAUUACCUCAUUUUAGAUUUUGCUGCAGUUACAUCUUGGCACAAUGGUUAUUCAUUUUCAUUCCUUGUACUGCCAGUAAAUGGGUGUGGGUCAUCUUGCUCAUGCAGGACCUUUUCAGGGGGUUAGGCCCUUCCCUGCACUAACCCGUGGGGCUACUCAGCUGCACCUUUUGUGUAGUUAUUUUUUUUCGUAGAGAGGAUGAUUUCAAGGAAAAAAAAAAAACAAAAAAAACACGGUAAAGUAGUAUUUCUUGCACUUAUUAAUAUUAUCGUAAAUCACUUGACAUUUGGUGGAAUCAUUAGAGGUUACUGCUCAGAGCCACGUUAAUAGGUGCCAAAUAGCGUUUCCAUUAAUGUUAUUCUGAAUCGGGUUACGUAUUUGAUUUUAACUUGUCAUACUUUUUUGUCUUCCAGCAUGCCAUUAGCUUUUUCUUUUGGCUUGCUUUGGCUUUUAACAAAGAUUGUAUUGAAAAUAAGAGAGAAAAAAAAAAAAUCAGACAUUAUCCUUUUUCAAUGGAUCAAGUUUAAGCAACAUCUCUGUAUGUUAUAGACGUCUGACGAGAAUGUUUUAUAAAGAUUGAAUAGGAGUGGCACAAUUUUUUUUUUUUUUCUUGUUUUUUAACAGACUAAUCUCAUUGUGUAUUAAGUAUAAUGAAUAUUAACUCGUCAUACUUGAGCCAUUAAAUUAUGGAAAAAAAAAUUAAGUAAAAGUGUACAGUAAAGUACAUGAAUCUGAGAAUCUGUUAAUUCUACAUAAUUGUUUGUAUAUAUGGUGCUCAGAUUUUAUGAUUUAUAUGAAUUUUCAGAAUAUAUGGCCGUAGUUCACAUUAUCACUUGGAAUUCUGAGAAUGGUGCAAGAAACUGUUAUCGAGAAAGUUUAAAAAGUAUCACAGAAAAACUAACAACAUAUCAUCUUAAAUAUAUAUGCUUCAUCUACUAACAAAUCAAAUGGUAACAACCCCAAUGAACUUACUGUAUUGUAUGUUCAAUAACUGAAGGUGAAAGUGCUCACUACUUAAAGCAGCUUUUCUCAUAUUCAUAACAUUUCAUAAAGGUGUUAAUAUUUAUUGUAUUUUGGAGUACAUGUUACAGGGAUGUUUUGCCCCAAAUGUUUUCUGUGUUGACUUAUAUGAAUGUAAGAUGUGUAUAAAAUCAUCUUUGCAUAAAUGAAGGUUUUGUGGUUGAGAAAUAAUCAGUGUAAGAUCUGAUGUAAAAAGUUAUUAUACAAGUUGAGUUACUGAUCAUUGUAUGGCUUUGACUUACAAGUUAUACUGUCCAGACAUGAACUCUGGAGUUGUUAAUAUUAUAGCUGAACUGUGAUAAAGAACUAUUAGAGAAAAAAGAUCAUACAUGAACAAUCUAUAAUCCAAAGCAUUUAUAUUUAUAUUUAUUUUAUAUUCAUUUACAUGGCUGUAAAGCAUUUCACUUUUAAAGAAGAGUGCAAUGUUAAUCUUUUAAAAAAAGAUGGGUUUUCUUUUAUUUGAAGGUUAAUGCUGGUCUGAACCAAGCCAACUAUUAAAUGUCAUAUUACUACCUGGGAAGGAGAAUCGAGUCCCAAAUUCAGAUGGUCUAGUGUUAAUUUUUUAUAUAAAGAUCUGAAACUUUGCACCAAUUUUUUUUUUCUUAAUUAUUAUUAUUAACUUUAAUGGUUAUUGUCUUCUGUAUAAUCCAGCUUCCAAUAUAUGGGCCUGUGAUUUUUUUUUUUUUUAACCCUCUGACCUUAAGAAGAGGUAGAGAAAAUCUAUAUUUUGUAUAAUUUUAUUCUAUUAUUAAGAUGGGAUAUGUUUGGGGUGUCAAACAUGUCAAGAAAUAGAUUUUAAUACAGUGUUGGUAACUAGGGUCAGCUCUUCUAUGCUUGUGCAAAGUCCAUCUUAAUUUGGUGUCAGAAUGGUUAAUGGUUAUUAGUUAAGACAUAAAUGUGCUAGACAUUAAGUCAUGUAGCACAACUGGGUGUCAAAAUCUAGUUUAUAAUUCCAGGGUUAUGAAAAGAAAAUAUUACCCUAUGGUAACUUUAUCGGUAAUGGUGAAACAAAACGGUAAUGGUGAAACAAAACGGUAAUGGUGAAACAAAACGGUAAUGUUUGAAGUGGUUGGAUCAGUCAACUAGUGUUUCUGCUUUUGAGAGUAGGAAGCAGUUGUGUGGAAAGAAUGUAUAGUUUUCUAGUCAGGAUUACUUUCUUUGGAGCAGCACGUUAUUUUUGUUGUUGACAUUUUCCUGUUUUGAAGAACAGUUGAAACUUCCUCAGGGAAAUAAUCUAAACUAUUGUUUGUGAGUUUUGAGGAAGAUCAGUUGGUUGUGAAGAGGUACAGUAUUAAUGUUGUCAAGUAGCCGUUUUUGUCUGCAGUUGCAUUUAUUUACUCUGAUUGAUGUGUAAUUAAACAAUUUCCUUUGAUUUUCUUAUAGGAAACUAAUAAAAAAAAUAGAUAAUUUCUGAUAAAUAACAUUUUUAUGCAAUCAUAAAUGGUUAUCCAAAUGUGGUUUUCCAUUUCUCAUUUGAAACAUCUGCUACAUAUGAGUAUAUUAAUGUCUCUAUAUAGGAGUUUAAUAUCUUCAUAUAUGCAGAUCUCUGAAAGGUAUAAAAUUUACAAGAAAUACUUAUUGAUGGUACCAUGGCAGAAUGACACAGCCCUAGUACUAAUAUUGUGUAUAAAAUGCUGUAGUAAAAUGGUGGGACUCCCUUUAACUCUGCAUAAUAUCUAGUUAUUUAACAUAUUACAAUCUCAAAAGGAGAGAGAAACAAAACAAAACAAAAAAAAUGAAAACUGCAGUGUUAAAAUGUCCUGAUAUGUUGCCUUACCUCGCUCAUCCUAAGAAAGGAUAGUGAUAUUUUUGUAUGCAAGAUUUAAUGAAGCUGCAUUUAUUUGUGAGGGUCACAUGUAGACACCAAGAUGGGUCACAUGUUGGACCUUUUAGUCAUUGUUGUGGUUAUGGUAUGGGCUCUUCAGAUGGAGACAUACCACUGAUAGUUUAGAAUUUCUUUUCAAAUGAUCAACACCGGUGGUACAGUAAGUUUCCAGGAUAGGUUUUAAACAGGUAUUUUUUCGUAGUCUCUUUCCUUGUUGGUGUCAUGUUUAUUAUUAUUAUUCUAGACUGUAGCAGCUAAAUUUCACUUUUACAUGAUUUUUGUUCUAUUCUUUUUCUCUUUUCUUUUUUUUUUUCCUUUUUCUACUAGGAAGAGUAAGCCUUAUUUAUUCUUUUAAAGAAUCAAAAUCUGUCAGAUUAUUGUACCAUUAUGAUUUCCCCAUAUUUUCUCAAUGCAAUAAAUGUUGAUCUCACAUUUUU